AUGAAGCUCUCCAUCCUCCCCCUCCUCGCAACCGCAACCCUUGCCACAGCGGCUGCAGUCCCCAGCGCGGGUGACGCCCACACCCUCAAGUCUCGCCAGGAGACCAUCGUCUGGCCAGAAGCCACCUACCGGUAUUGGAUCUCCAGCGGCGCAUCCAAACUCGACCCGCAAGACCAACUCCUCGUCGUCAAGGACAGAUACCCGGCCAACGAAUCCAGCACCCUAACCACAUUCUCCAUCCCCCCCGACGUCGCGGGCCGAACGUGCAAGUUGAACUUUGACCUUUGGGACCGUGACCACUCGACGGGGUCGCAGACGCUCGAUGUAUUUACGUCUGUGAGUCCGGGGCGCAGAGAUCAGCACGUUGGACGGAUCUGGGUUCCUAAGCCCGGUGCUGCCGAGUGGGUUUUUUCGUUCCAUGGUCUGCCGGAGUUUAAGUGUCCGGCUGGGGAGGUCAUUGGGUUUGAGUUUGUGGGAGUGGGCGAUGCGGUUGAGGUGCGCUGGGAUAUCGGGGUUACGGGGCCCAGGGUUUUUGUUCUCUGA